CGGUCUCCUCCGGGGACUUGGUCCCUUGUCCCCAGAUGGGGAAACUGAGGCCAUACGUUGCUUUGAGAUGUGGCUGGAGACUGAGCCAGACCUCCUCCAACAGGAUUCCUUCUCUUCAUUACUGGCCAUGCCAGGGCCAAGACCGUGAGACUCACUCAACAGCCACCCCACAUCCCCUCCCAGGAGGUGGAGCGUUACAACCCCAACUUCAACCCCAUCACAGAGAUGCUGAGGCAGUGGUCGGUGCAGGCCCCAGGGGAGCCAGAACCUGAGCCGGCGGGCGAGGAGCUGUGGGAGCAGGAGAUGGAGCGGCUGUGCUCCUCCCAGGAACCUGUGCGGGUGCUGCCCUACGCCAUGGUGGACAAGCGCUUCAUCCGGCAGCUGCGGGAGCCCGAGGGGGUGAAGACCUCGUGCUGGCAGCAGUGGCGUCACAGGCAGCAGACUGCAAGACGGCGCCUGGGGGAGGCAGCACGGCGGCUGGCCCGGGGCUGUGGGCUCUGGGAGGGGGCUCUCUACGAGAUUGGGGGCCUCUUUGGCACCGGAAUCCAGUCGUACUUCACCUUUCUUCGCUUCCUGCUGCUGCUUAACCUGCUGACUCUACUUCUGACCACCAGCUUCGUCCUGCUGCCCCUGACCUGGCUCCGCCCCCCUGACAGAGGACCUGCUCUGAACUUCACCCUCCAGUGUCCUGGUGGCCACCAACCCCAGACUGGUGUUCCCAAGUUCAACAAUCUACUUUGGAAUGUUUUAACCGGCAGGGCCUUCAACAACACCUAUCUCUUUUAUGGCGCGUACCGAGCGGGGCCUGAGAGCAGCUCAAUAUACAGCAUCCGCCUGGCCUACUUCCUGAGCCCACUGGCCUGCCUGCUCCUCUGCUUCUGUGGGAUUCUACGGCGGAUGGUGAAGGGGCUGCCACAGAAGAUGUUCCUGGGCCAGGACUACAGGUCACCUCUCAGCGCCAAGGUCUUCUCUUCCUGGGACUUCUGCAUCCAGGGGCAGGAGGCAGCCACCAUCAAGAAGCAUGAGAUCAGCAACGAGUUCAAGGUGGAGCUGGAGGAGGGGCGUCACUUGCUGAUGGUGCAGCAUCAGACCCGGGCUCAGAGGGCCUGCCACCUGCUCACCUACCUGCGGGUCAACAUCCUCAUCGGGCUCCUGGUGGUUGGGGCCAUCAGUGCUAUCUUCUGGGCCACCAAGUACUCGCAGGACAACAAGGAGGAGUCCCUGUUCCUGCUGCUCCAGUACCUGCCCCCUGGGGUCAUCGCCCUGGUCAACUUUCUGGGUCCCCUGCUGUUUGUUUUCCUGGUCCAGCUGGAAAACUACCCUCCCAACACUGAGGUCAACCUCACCCUUAUCUGGUGUGUGGUGUUGAAGCUGGCCAGCCUGGGAAUGUUCUCCUUCUCGCUGGGCCAGACUGUGCUGUGCAUCGGCAGAAACAAGACCAGCUGUGAGUCCUACGGCUACAACGCAUGUGACUACCAGUGCUGGGAGGACUCGGUGGGGGAGGAGCUGUACAAACUCAGCAUCUUCAACUUCCUCCUCAUGGUGGCCUUCACCUUCCUUGUCAGCCUGCCUAGGAGGCUGCUGGUGGAGCGGUUCUCGGGCCGGUUCUGGGCCUGGCUGGACCGGGAGGAGUUCCUGCUGCCCAAGAACGUGCUGGACAUCGUGGAGGGACAGACGGUCACCUGGAUGGGCCUCUUCUACUGCCCCCUGCUGCCCCUGCUCAACAGCAUCUUCAUCUUCCUCACCUUCUACAUCAAGAAGUACACCCUGCUGAGGAACUCCAGGGCAUCCCCUCGGCCAUUCCGCGCCUCCAGCUCCAUCUUCUUCUUCCAGCUGGUGCUCAUCCUGGGCCUGCUCCUGGCCGCUGCGCCCCUGGGCUAUGUGGUCAGCAGCAUCCGCUCCUCCUGGGACUGUGGCCUCUUCACCAACUACUCAGCCCCCUGGCAGGUGGUCCCAGAGCUGGUGGCCCUCCGGCUCCCACCCCCUAGCCAGCGCAUCCUGCACUACCUGGGCUCCCAUGCCUUCAGCUUCCCCCUCCUCAUCCUGCUCAGCCUUGUCCUGACCGUGUGCGUCUCCCAGUCCCAGGCCAGCGCGAGGGCCAUCCGGGGGCUCCGGAAGCAACUGGUGUGGCAAGUGCAGGAGAAGUGGCACCUGGUGGAUGACCUGUCGCGGCUGCUGCCGGAGCCGGGCUCCGGCGACUCUCUGGGGCCUGAGUCCCCUCACUCCCGAGGUUCGCGCCCGAGAUCCUUGUGCCCCGGAUUCCCGUGCCCGGGCUCCCCGGGACCCAGGCCCCCCCGGCCGGAACCCUCCCUUGAGGAUCCCGCCGGGUUGCGCGGUGUCCCGGUCCCCGCCCGUAGAUGCCGCUUCCCCAGCGGUUCGGAGCUGUAGCACCGACCCCCAGCACCGCCCGGAGCUUCCCCAGGGCCCCGUGUGCAGCUCCCCACUUCCUGCCCCCUCGCCCCACGCUCGUGACCCCUGGUG